AGUCAAAGUUGUUGGCCGGCGCAGAAUUUUAAUUCAAGUCGGGCAAGACCUUCUGCUCCGAUGCAGACAGGUCAAAAACAUCACUAGAAAAUGGCCUACGUACAGAGCGAAACAAUGUUGGGCCUACGUGCAGAGCAAGAAUAGAUACACUCCCGCCCGAGCCCGAGGCCCUUCGCCUGCCUAUCCCGGUUCGGCUUUGCCUCAGUUGGAGUUUCAGGGAAGCGCCGCGGCUCGCUGUCGGAUUCGCAGCCGCCCUGCCCUAUGUAUUGGCUCUGCGGCCCCCGAGGACACACAGAGGCGCGGGAGCAGGUUCGUCGUGGCGGCCGGUAUUGAGGGGGGAACUCGCGAAAGAUUGAUCUGCAAGAAGAGUUCCGGCUGCUUCAGGAAGAGCGGCCCGCGCGCCACCUUGGCGCGCUGACUUCGGAGAUCUUCCCCGAGCGCCGGCGCCUCUCCCCCCCCACGCACAGAAGUGAAGCGGCAGGGCCGGCAGGCCCUGCGCCCUCCGACCGGGGCGCCAAAUCAGGGCCCACCGGCAGCAGGGGCCGCGUGGCUUGGUGCGUUCGUUGGGAGAACGCGCCCGGUCCGUCCGCUCAGGCCCUGCGCCGUCGUUCGGCGUUUCGCCCCCCCCGGGACCAGGUUGCCGCCGGAUGCAGUGCGCGGCCACCCCAUUUUGUGGGAUUGGCAGCUUCAGUGAAGAGUGAGAGUCCGAGCGAGCCGGCCGGUCCGGAAGCUUGCCACGCGUCGGGUUGGGCAACGCUGGUCGCGCCCUCGCGGCCGCGCCGCCGCAGACUGAUUAAAUAUGGCUGCUGGAGUGUAUGCAGCAUGUGGGAAUGCACUUUUUCUCUUG